AAAACAUACUAUAAUUUUUGAAUUUACCACUGUAAUUAUUAUUAUAUAUUAUAAUAUUACAUUGCAUUUGCCGUUCGGCGUAUAAAUCAUUUUUUUUUUUUUUCUGUUUCGCGUUCAAUGUUUGUUUAAUUAAUUAAAUAACAGGCGAAUUAAUCAUACGCGCGCACACACACACACCGACGCAAUUAUAUACCGUAAAAAGUGUAAUAAUAAUACCAUGAGCUCGUUCUGUACGUGACGACGACGGCGACACGUCGAUAUAAUUAUUUUCGUCACGAUACUCGCGAAUAAUUCGAUUAAAAAGUGCCAGGUACUCCACGAGUCGUCGCUAGCCUUAGCCAUAGCACAUAGGUAUACGCCAUGUCUACGUCAAGUCCAAACUUGAGCGAGACGAAACCCACGAUCGCUGGCCAUGUCCCGGUGAACAACAACGUAAGUGCCGAUGGUUUGUGUUCUGUUCAUUAAUACAUUUCUAAAACGUGUUCGUUUCUCUAAUACAAAGGUCGACCCUAUUCCCGUGGUUGAUCUACAUCAACAGUUUUUGCACACUCUGGAAAAUAUAGAAAACAACCAGGUUAACACUCAACUGACAACGUCUCACGCACUAUUGCCGACUUCGAAACCGUUUAACGAUAUUCUAGCGUCGUUACAGGUAAUUUGACUAAUUCUAUUACAUAUAAAAUUAAUGAUUAACAAUCUUGUGUACAUUAAAAACCCCCAGACAUUGAUAUUCGCUCAAAAUAAGAAAGAAAACAGCGAAGAGGUCGAAGACAUUGUUCUGCCUGUUUUACAAGACCUAGACAAACUCAGCCUGACGUCGUAUUCUCUCAGUUACUAUAUCAGUCACUGUCUACCCACCGAACAGACUGUGCCCGUCUUGUCACUGAUCAAUAAGUCGACGACCAUUUGGAUAGCAAAAUUGUUUCAGUCAGUAAAAAACAAUUGCUUUUAGAUUAUAAUACAUAAAUCUCGUCAUUGGUAUAAUCAUAUGUAUUAAUCAAUUUAGAUUUCCAAACUGCGGGGCGUUUUAUACGGAAAAUAUGAUAUUGAGCUACGAAAGAGUAUUAUUGCUUGCGUUGCACCGUAUGUUUGGUCCGGGAUAUUUUAAUCCGUCUGAAUUGCCAAUUAUUUACUGUACGCCCGAUCCUGUAAUGAUCAGUACAAUAAAAAGAACUGUUACGCAGGUAAUUCAAACCAAUAUUUAGGGUUUUUUAUUUUUUUACUUAUUCAGCUGAGUAAUGUUGACAGAUUGGAAUGAACGAAAAAUGUGUUCAAGUCAUACCGUGUCUAUCAAAUGUACUGUGCCCUUACAAAGCAGACUUGGUAGCAUUUGAAACUAUGAUAAAAAGUGAUGUUGAAAACAACAAAAAGCCUCUUAUUGUUUUUGCGAGAGCUGGUAAAAAAGUCAUUUUAAUCUUUAUUAUAAAUGCAAUUUAAUAUUAAUGUCUACUUUUCACUCAAUAGGAGCGCAUGUUACCGGUCAGGUAGACGAUCUUGUAAAUUUUAAAGAGUUGACCAAUAAAUACAAUAUUUGGUUACAUCUAUCAGGAGAUAAUUUGUCGGGACUGGUUUUGGCAAAAUCUAAACAUGAAGUGUGUUAAAAUAGUAAAUUGUAAGUAGGUUUGAGAGUAUGUUAAUUAUGUUAUUAUUUUCAGAUUCCUAGUCUAGCCGAUAGUAUGACAUUGACACCAAGUAUUUGGUUAAAUAUUUCUGCACUACCUGUUAUUGUAUCCUUUUCAGAAAAAAAAAAAUAAAAACAUUAGAAUAUUAUGUUUGGUAUAACCUUUUUUGUUUUUUUAAAUAAUUGGUUUUUCUUAAAGAAUAAUUAUUAUUAGACUUUAUUCGACAAGCAAUAUACAAAUACAGAAAUAUUGAAUUUAUACAAAAGUAAAUGUUUACCUAUUUGGACGUGUUUUCAAGUAAGUAAUAAUUAGUAAUUACUAAGUACAUUAUUCAAAAAAGUUUGAUAUUUUUUCAGGCUUUAGGACAUGAUGCACUUGUAAUUAGGAUUCAACAAAAAUUUGAAGUAUGCCACCGUAUACACAGUUUGGUUAAACGCUACAAUUGUCUAAGAAUAUUGGUGAUUGAGAUUGUUUAUUUAUAUAUGUAACAAUAAAUAAUCAUAUAUUUAUAUGAUUUUUUAGUGCGAGACCAAAGAUCAGACCAGUGUGACAAAUGGAGAAAAUGUUGCCGAUAUUAUUGCUGAACGAGAUAAUAUUCCAGUACAGUCAACACAUGAUAAUUUUAUUACAGUUUAAUAUUAUAAUAUCAAUUAUUUUUUUCACAGGAUUUAUUGCAUAGUUUAUCGAGUUGCCUUAUAAUUCAAUUUAUACCAAAAGACUGUAAUCAAAGGGUUUCACCUUAUUAUGAUAAAUUAAAUUCUUGGGUAAGAAAUUGUAGUUUAUAAUUAUUCAUUUUACGACUGUUUUUUAUUUAUUAUUUCAGCUAGGCCAAGUACUAGAACGAGAAAUUCCUGAAGCACCUUUAGAACUAUGCGAAAUAGAAUCUCUUGGCAUUGUAGUAUCAUUUUCACCAUUUACUAUUUUAAAUACAUUAGUAACCGAAGAUGAUUGGGAAACGUUCAGUAUAACUUUGGACCAACACAUCGUCAGUAUAUGAAAAACAAAUUAGUAAAAAAAAUUAAAUAAAAAUUGUGUUAAUAAAUAAUAUUAUAUUUGAUUACUGUAUACUUAAGGAAAUUUUGCAAGCUACUGUCGAUUAUAAAGAUAAAUUGACAGGAUUAAUAGCUGAACUACCGUCACUCAGAUAUGCCGAAACCAAUGACUGGGCAGGACUUGGUGCUGUCAGAUAUGUGCCUCAACAGUGGCAAUCUUCUGAUCAGCAAUUGGCCACUGAUCAGGCCAAACAAGAUUUGAAUAGACUAAACUUACGUAUUGUACAGCAAUUACGUUCAAUAGAUGCUGCUUUUUCCCUUGGUAAGUACAUAGAGUAGAUAAAUACAAAAUACUGAUGGUUUUGUUGAAUUGCCAUGUACCCGAUUUAUGUAAUAAUUUCUAGGUGAAGGAAGUGAUGGCUUGGCUUGCGUACGGUUUGGUAUGGUAACAGCUGACACGGACGUUGCAGAAUUGUUGUCUUUAGUCCAAAGUACAGGACAAAAAGAAGAAGAGUCAACAAAAUAUAUUGAUUCAAUGGCUGAACUCGUGAAAAAGGGUACAAAAAUAAUAAUGAGUGUUUGAUUUUGGUACUAAAACUUUUAUCAAUUUUUUCAGGAAUUGAGACAGCAACUGUAGACUUACAGAAGGAGACUGAAGAAAAGAUAUGGCAAGAAGGCAUUUUACGACAUGUUCCUGUCUUUGGUAAUUUAGUUAAUUGGUGGUCCCCGCCAGCCAAAAAUGCAGUAAAAGGACGAUGGUUAGAUUUAGAAGCAGGCAUAGUCCGAUCAACGGAACCUAUAUAUGAAAAGAAAGCUCAAGUUGAAGAGUCUGAUAAUAAUGAGAGUGUCUCUGCAGCAGUGGAUAAUAUUUUAGAGUAAAGUGAUUUUAUACAACUAUUAAGUUUGUUAUAUUAUAUAUUUUUUUUUUUUUUUUUUUACUAAACAAAAUUUAAUAGUCACCAAAAUAUUUUUUUUUAAAUUUUUAUGGAAAAUAUUUAUUUACAUAUUUUAUUUUGUUGAUAGUUUGAUCUUGAUUUUUUUUCAAUAUGUAUUACUUUUUUUUAUAUAUCUAAGCAUAAUAUUUAAUCAUUGAAAAAUAUUCAAGUAUAUCUUAGGAUAUCUUGUAAACUUGUGAAAUGGCGACAAUCUAUAAACAUAAUUUUAUUGAUUACUGUUGUAAUUUUGUAACUCUACAAGUAUGAGGACACUACGAAUAUAACCAUUCUCUCUCAUAGUAAAAAAAUCACACAAUUUUAUUUUUAUACUAUUUGUAUUUAUUUAGUUAUUUAUUAUUAUUUUGUUAAGAGGUCGUCACUGUAACAUUUGUUAUCUCUGUCUACCUAACAGAUAAUAUAGAAAGUAUAUUUUUGAUACUCAAGAUCUGAUAAACUUAAAACAAAAAUUAUUUCACCAAAUUAAAAUCAACAGCAUUUAUUAUACUUUUAAUGAGAUUUUUUGAUAUUUAUUUGUAUUUCAAACUUAAUAAAUAUAUCAGAAAAUCCCCUUAUAAGAGCAUAGUAAAUUUAAUAUUCAAUUAGGUGAAAUAAUUUUUGUUUUAAGUCUAUAAAGUACAGAAUUCUAUUGAAAGUACAAAAACACAUGUUUGAUAAACUGCCUGUUAGAUAUAGAGGUAGCAAAUAUUAAGACACCUUCUUAAAGGGGAAACAUAGUAAGUACCCCCUGUGAGACAAUACAUAUUACCUAAACAAACUGGGCUUUGCAUAAUGAUGGUCACAAUUUAAGUGAUAUAUUUUUAAUUUAUAAAAUUGUUAUAAUUUUAAAAGUUUUAUUUAGUUGUAUUGCCUGAUUAACUAACAUGCAAUAAUAAUAAUAAUAAUGUAUAAAAUCAAAAAAAAAAUUAUAUAUUAUAAUUGUCUGUUUAAUUUUCAUUUCAUAUUGUUUGUAACUUACUAUUUUUAUUAUUUUUUCAUAGUCUAACUAUGUAUGUUAGUACUAAUUUCGUAUAUAUAUCUGAAUAUUAAAUAAAGAAAAAUACAUUUUUAAAAU